AAACAUUUCGCUAUUAAGUUUUACAUAUUAAUUUACAUAUAAUCUAAAAAAAAAAAAACCUCAGUUACAUAUAAUAGGCAUAUCAACAACGUACGACCUUAUACUUAAGUAUAAGUAACUCAUCGGUUUCAUUUCCGUCAGAACUGCCUGUUACAUAUGGUGUUUUUUGACACCUUCGCUGGAAAGUUUAUACUUCCUACGCCGACUGCACUAACGGUUGGCAACUUUGGGUCGUAGCAGUGUAGUGUCUUUUUUGUUAUACAUUUUUUAAAUUAGACUCUGUAUUAAAUUCAUAUUUUGAGGAACGCGGUUUUAAGUGAGCACACAGGAAAUGGCAGAUAUUUUGUUUUUGUUCCCAUUCGUGCUUCUUUGUGUGCUAAUUAAUGUGGUUAAAGGAAGUACGGAACUCGACAAUGUCAACUGCUACAGGAUUGAGCCGGUCACAAUGGUGGGCAUCGUUAUUGGUGAUUUGGCUCUGACUGUGCUGCUGGUCAGUAUCGCAUAUCACUGUGCUAGUCACCGCAGGCGUCAGAAGGAGAAGGCGGACAAAGUCUACAUGAAUGUGAGGGCCAACUGCAAAGUCUGAGAAAUCCUAACACCAGUUCUCUGCACUGUUAUUAUUAAUGAAGCCUUAUCUUUUGAGGAUACUAAUUUGGCCUUUUUAAAUUAUAUAACAUUAUAUAACAUUACAUUCAAUAAAUUGUUGGUUUGUGCUGUAUUAUUACAGUUUUUUGAAAUGUUAAAAUAGUAAAUCAUUCUUGGAACCAAACUGUAAAUUGCCAAAACUAAUUUUUUGAAUCAAUCACUAAUUUGGCAAAACUGCAAAAAGAGUUCACCUAGUUAGACAAAAUUUGCAGAUCUCAGUCAUCCUUUUUUUCCAUUUAUCAAAACACAUUUCGUGCCAUGGUUCACUUUAAUGCAAAAUGGAAAACACAUAUUGAGUGGAUAUAAUACAAGUACAUUGCAUAUUAUUUACCAGUAAGACUACAGUAAAUUAGCAAUUCUCAUUUCAAAAUGUCCAAAUGAUCCCUGCAACAGUAGAGCAGCUCAGAUUUGGUUGAACCUGUUGCCCUGCCUCCCUGCUGCCCAUCCCAUGGUGGACAACAUGGUGAACCGCAGUCGCUCUGAUUUCACCAGUUAUUGUGUUCCUAACUCCCUUUCCUCUUCCACGUCCUCUCCAUCUUCCCCAUUGUACGCCUUAUCUUCUUACAUACUUCUACACCUCCUCAACUUACUUCUUCACUUCCUUCACCUCCUUAUCUUCCUUUAGUUCUUACCCCUCUUACUCUUUGUCCAACGUCGGCCUCCAUUGCUGCCCAAACCAAACAUUCACUAUUUAUAAUGCUCAAGGUCUGACUUCAGUGAACUCAUUUAAAAGUGCUUUCACAUGUGUCAAAGUAGAAGGGCAAUUGGCAAAAUAGUGUAAGAAUAUAGAGACCAAUGUUCAUAGUCUUUCUAGAAAUGUGUUAUAAAAUUGCAAACUGAGUGUAAAGCAGGGAAAGAGCAUUCAGUUUGGCACACUUGAUAUAUGCACCAGCUGCACCUGUUAUUGGUUUCAGCGAUAGUGCUUGAAGAAUCACUGUUGUGUUUAAGCAUUCAGAAAAAAACUUUUAAUAACAAACAUUAUAAUAACAAACAUUAUAAUCAAUGUAGUUUUAAAAUUAAGUUUUUUGUUUACCUUUUUGAGAAAAAGAUGGAAUAUUUCAGCAAAUGUGCUUUAGCAAUUCAAAAAUUGUAAUGUAUGGUUUCUGUGCUGUUACAUGGCAUCAUUUGAUCUACACUAAGUAUCUAUAACAGAAAUGUAUGGCUAAGGCCCAUCUCAGGAGGAAGAGUCACACAUCGCUCUGGUACUGAAGACUUUUACCUGCCCCAUCUUUCUUGCGUAAGGUUUAUAUUACUUUGCUUUGGUUCUUUUUGUCCCUGAUGUACUGCAUCCAGUUCUCUACUAUUUAUUUCUACUGCAAUGACAUUUUUUAUUGAUCGCUGCCCUUUCUUAUCCCCUUUGUUCCUGUCUAAUAACUUCAUCCACACAAUAAAUUAUCCUACUAUUCCCA